UGGCGGACCACUAGGGGGCUCCACUCUCACUCAGUGGAGAAGUUUUAGCGAUGAGAAAUAUGUUUGUUCGUUGGUGUAUAUAUAUAUGGUUUUCUGUACAGUUGCUAGCAGUUGGAGUCGAGUAAAGAGCUGUUCAAACCUACAUCCUUUGUGUCGUCAUUUUCACUCCUCCACAUUGGUGACCCCUGUGAGCCAACAUGUCCACAUCUGAUGGCCUGCCCAGCUCCUCACAGCCGAUCGCUGUCUCUGGUGGACCUACACCGGCUUCUUUUGCUGUGGCCGUUAAGAUUCCGGAUUUCUGGCUACAUGAUCCGCAAUCAUGGUUCUUCCACGUCGAAGCACAGUUUGCUCUUCGUGGAAUCACAUCGGACGACACAAAGUACCACUAUGUGGUUUCAGCGCUGGAUCCACCAUCCACCAGGCGCGCAAUGAGCCUGCUUCGCAACCCUCCCGCGGACGGAAAGUACAGCGCGCUCAAACACCUGCUUCUCCGCCGUUACUCCCUGUCCGACGCAGAACGCGCCGAAAAGCUGCUUUCUUUCUCGGGGUUAGGAGAUGGCUCAGCUUUGGAGCUCAUGGAAAGCAUGCUGUCCUUGCUGGGUGACGACGAAGGCGGAUUUCUUUUCAUCCACCUGUUCCUGCGACAACUCCCGGCUCCGGUGCGGAUCGCUCUGGCUAACUCAUCCCUGCUGCGGGAGAAGGAUUACCGCUCGCUGGCUGAGGAAGCUGAUCGCAUCCUCCUGGCUUCCAGGACCUUCACGGUCCAGUCACUGGCCAAGGAACCUACAGCUUCGUCUUCUGAGCCUUUGCAGUCUUCAGCGGUCGAUCAGCCAUCGGUGAUGGCAGCGAUCGCCACCAGGAAACGCCAGAAGCCGGCUCUUUGUUUCUACCAUCAGCGCUUCGGCGUCAGGGCGCGGCGCUGCCUCCCGCCCUGCAGCUUCAAGCCGCCGGGAAACGACCAAGCCGACGCCUGCUAGCAGCCGCGGCCGUCGGCGAUAAGGAGAGGCUGCUCUUUAUUGAGGAUUCGCGAUCGGGGAGACAUUUUCUGGUGGAUUCAGGUUCGCAGAAGAGCCUCGUUCCCCCGGCGGGCUCCGACAGGCUUGCUGAGGGCUGCGGUCCCCAGCUGACCGCCGCUAACGGUUCUCCCAUCAGAACAUUCGGAGAAAGAGAUCCUCAUUUAUCGGAGCUCAACCCCCCUGCAGCCCCUCCAUGUCGCCCUCGUCCUCAGGCACGGAUGUCCCAGGAUCAUCCUACAGGGUCCAAGUUCAGCCGUUUUGGACGUUUGUUGAAACGCACGAAUCUGGAUUAGUUUGUUAUUUUACCCUACUGAGUGUUCGGGGGGGGCAUAUGUGGCGGACCACUAGGGGGCUCCACUCUCACUCAGUGGAGAAGUUUUAGCGAUGAGAAAUAUGUUUGUUCGUUGGUGUAUAUAUAUAUGGUUUUCUGUACAGUUGCUAGC